AUGUUUGAGUUGACUUGGAAAAUAAAAUAUAAAAAUAGUAUAAUAAAUAUGUGACAAAACGUGUCUUCCAGCGAAUGCUGAGUUUGCACUUGCAGUACUAGGAUGGAAUGCGGAAGGGAUAAUGCUUGAUGGCACACACUCAUGGAAACUGUACUCAUACUUGCAGAUCAGCGGCUGCGUAUUUUUUAAAAUCCUUCCUUUCCACCAUUCCUUCACUACCCUGAGUCGGGGACUCAUUGCUCCUCUCUGGGACGCUCAACACCACCUGAAGCUUUCUUCUCGCCCCUUCUGCUCUGAAGCAAAACAUGAGUCCAGUCGUGCUUGUUGCCGUUGCUGCAACCCUGGGAAAUCUCCUGGUUGGAUGGGAUAGUUCUGCCAUUGCCGGGGGGAUGUCGUAUAUAAAGCGAGAAUUCAACCUGGACGCUGAUCCCACGCUUGAAGGGCUAAUCGUGUCCAUGACAUUUCUUACUGGUACUUUUGUAACAAUAUUCUCCGGGAAAGUCUCUGAUUUGCUCGGACGGCGUCCCAUGUUGAUAAUAUCUUCCGUGAUGUAUUUCUGUAGCGGUCUGGUCAUGUUGUGGGCUCCUAAUGUUUACAUCGUCCUGUUGUCGAGGCUAUUGGAUGGCUUUGGCAUUGCUCUCGCCGUCACUCUUACUCCUCUCUACAUAUCCGAGAUAGCACCGGCUGAUAUCAGGGGUCAAUUGAAUACUGUUACGCAGCUCUCUUGUUCUGCCGGCAUGUUUUUGGCUUACUGUAUGGUGUUCUCAAUGUCCUUAACGACCUCCCCCAGUUGGAGAUUCAUGCUUGGGGUUAUUUCCAUUCCUGCUGUCGUUUACUUCCUUCUGACCGUGUUUUACUUGCCUGAAUCCCCGCGCUGGCUUGUGAGCAGAGGUCGAAUUGACGAGGCUAGAAAGGUCUUGCAAAGAAUACGCGGCACUGAAGAUGUUUCAGGUGAGUUGGCUUUACUGGCUGAAGGUUUGAGCCCUGGUGGUGAAACUACCUCCAUAGAAGAGUACAUAGUGGCUCCAGUCAAUGAGCUCACUGCUAACCAGGAUGUGGGGAAAGAUUGCAUAAAGUUAUACGGUCCCAAUGAGGAAGUUUCAAUGGUUGCCCAGCCAGUUAAUGGACAGGGCAGCAUGAUGUCCCGCCAAGCAAGCAUUGCAUCCCAGAGCACGAGUCUCAAGGAUCCGAUCGUUACUCUAUUUGGUAGUGUGCAUGAUAACCUUCCCGAGCCUGGCAGUGCAAGGGGGUUCACCAAAAUGUACAGCUUCUCCAGUGUGGGUGAUGUAGAGUCCAAUCCCUAUGGCACAAGUGACAACCUGCAUGCACCAUUACUUUCACCUCAAGCUAAUGCUGCAGAGAGGGACAGGACUCAAGCAUCUAAGGGUGGCAUGUUUGGCUUCAUAAGCAAUAACAGCCUAAGAAGUGAGGGCAUGCUAGGCAUGAGAAGCAAUAGCAGCCUGAGAAGUGAUGGCGUGUUGGGCUUGAGAAGUAAUAGCAGCCUGAACCACGGUAAUGCUGGUGAAAUACCUAGCAAUACAGACAUUGGUGGAGGUUGGCAGUUGGUUUAUAAAACAUCUGAGAAGGUUAAGGGAAGGAAAAGGGAAGUAGGACUACAAAGGGUUUAUUUGCAUGCAGAAGCUGUCCCUGUGUCUCAAUUCAAUUCUUUUGUUUCAACUUCUGGUUAUGAUAUACCUGUAGAGACUGAAGCUUUCCCAGCUGCUGGACUAGUCAGUCAGUCAGUGCUUGGCUCUAAGGAUGUACUGCAUUAUCCUGAAGUUGUUGCAAAAGGUCCAGGUUGGAAAGCUCUGCUUGAACCUGGAGUCAAGCGUGCAUUAAUUGUUGGAGUAGGACUUCAAAUUCUUCAGCAGGCUGCUGGUAUCAAUGGAUUUCUUUACUAUGCUCCCCAAAUUCUUGAGGACGCUGGAGUUGGGGCUCUGUUGUCACGUUUUGGCCUCAGUUCGAUAUCUUCCUCUUUACUCAUAAAUGCUUUUACAGCUUUCUGUAUGCUUCCGUGUAUAGCUCUUUCUGUGAGGCUCAUGGAUAUUGCUGGCAGGAGGUCAAUAAUGCUGUUCACAUUACCAGUUCUGAUGGGGUCUCUCGUGAUACUGGUAGUCCGAGAUGCCUUGAACAUCAGUUCUGUCCUCAAUCCAGCAAUCACCGCUGUCUGUGUCGUGGUGUAUGAAAGUGUCUUCUGCAUGGGAUUUGGUGUGAUUCCCAACAUCAUAUGUGCAGAAAUCUUCCCUACAGGUGUGCGUGGAAUAUGCAUUUCCCUGUGUUCCCUGACAUACUGGAUUAGUACCCUGUUUGUGACCUCUACAUUUCCUGUCUUACUUCGACUCCUCGGCCUUACCGGUGUCUUUGGAUUAUUUGUGGCGGGAUGCAUGCUUUCUUGGAUAUUCGUCUACUUGAAAGUUCCUGAAACAAAGGGCAUGCCUCUGGAAGUUAUUAUCGAGUUUUUUGCCAUCGGUGCCAAGCCCGGCACUGAUCCUGCUGCUAUAGGGAUGAAAAACUGAUUUCAUUUGAAGCAGCAUGGAUUGCUGAAUUUGAGCCGCAAAAGCUUACAGUUGAAGGGAGAAAGAAGUGUGAUCUGCCCGCACAGGUGCUACUUAGUGUUAGAAUGGCGAUGUUGUUUAUUACUAUGCUUGUUGCCAGCGUGUGAUGAUGGAUGUUUCUGAGUUUCUGAGUCUGAAUACAAUACAAGUCAUGUUGUAAUGAUUGCUCCGAUAUAAGCCUUUUGCAAAUAAAGAA